CUUCUUUAGGCUUCAUACUUUCGUUUUUUUCUUAUAGUAAUAGCGAAAAAGGGAUCAGGACUGAAUCGUUUUCCAUUAAUGCGCUUACUAACUCAUAAUUUCAUUACUUGCCUGCGAUGUGAAGCAUUCCCCCUUGAAAUAAGUGCCUCAGAAGUGAAGAUCAUACCAUUAGAGUAUGAUGCUGAAUUUACGCGAUGCAUGUUAGCGCGCAUUGAUUGGUCUUACUUGUUGAAAGCUUAUCAUACAUUGCAAACAGGACACGAUGUAGUGCGCAACGGACAUGAAUGGGGCUCUUUCUCUCUUCCUAUGAAUUUAGAAGACGCUGAUUUUAGUGAUGAUUCGGAGUUAUUGCAUGCGUUGCACUAUGCCUUGAAUAUGGUAGAUGUGAAGAGUGGUGUUUUACGUUGUGCGGCUUGUGAGACAUCAUACCAAAUAAAUGAUUUCAUACCAAAUUUCGUUUUGGAGGGUUGAGAAUAAUCCACAAAUCUCUUUUUUUUAACUCCGCUGAAACGUUUAAGAGUAUAAUAAGACGGAGACCUGAUAAAGAUCGUCCACAA